UAGCGGGUUUGAAUAAUCACUCUCCCUUAUCACAUCAUUCAGUGGUCGGAGAAAAGUAACUCAAAAUGGGUGGUUACAAGUAUCUCGAGGAGCUGUACAAGAAGAAGCAGUCUGAUGUGCUUCGCUUCCUUCUCCGUGUCCGCUGCUGGGAGUACAGGCAGUUGAACGUCAUUCACCGUGCCUCCCGCCCCUCCCGCCCUGACAAGGCUCGUCGUUUGGGAUACAAGGCCAAGCAGGGAUACGUUAUCUACCGUAUCCGUGUCCGCCGUGGAAACCGCAAGCGUCUUGCCCCUAAGGGUCAGGUUUACGGAAAGCCUGCCAGCCAGGGUAUUUCCCAGCUCAAGUACCAGCGCUCUGCCCGUGCCACCGCUGAGGAGCGUGUUGGCCGCAAGUGCGGAAACUUGCGUGUGUUGAACUCGUACUGGGUCAACCAGGACGCCACUUACAAGUUCUUCGAGGUCAUUGCUGUCGACCCCCAGCACAAGGCCAUCCGUCGCGACCCCCGUAUCAACUGGAUCGUUGACCCCGUCCACAAGCGUCGUGAGGCUCGUGGUCUUACCGCCAUUGGCAAGCAGAACCGUGGUAUCGGAAAGGGUCACGGACACAACAAGACCCGUGGUGGAGGUCGUUACGCCAGCUGGCUCAGGAGGAACACCUUGUCUCUCCGCCGCUACCGAUGAUCGCACUAAUUCCCAGUGCAGAUUGUUUGUGGUUGUACUUGCCGAGGAUUACAAAUAUACGUGUGGUUCGCAUCUGAUUAUUUCGAUUGGAAUGCUGUGAUACUGAGAUGGAGAAUGUGGUUCAUGUGGGAUGGUGCGGGAGUCGAGCGAGGACGUCUGCAAGCGGGAUG